AUGGAAAAGAGUUUAGCUCGCUGGUGCAAGCUUGGCGAGAAGUGGGGAGCAGUGAUGCUGAUCGGCGAGGCCGACAUCUACCUCGAGAGGAGAUCGCCAGGAGAUCUCAAGAGAAACGGACUGGUUUCUAUAUUACCCCGGGGCAUCCUCUUUCUCACCACCAACCGAGUGGGCACAUUCAACGAUGCCUUGACCUCCCGAACUCACGUCAUCUUGCAUUACGAGCUAUUGACUGUGCAGGACCGCCGAACCAUAUGGGAGAAGCUCAUCAAGAAGCUGCAGAGUGAGCGUCAAGAUAUCUACGUCACUGGGGCGGCGGCGAAGAAGUACAUCCUCGAUGACCCUGAGAUCACCGAGGCGAAUUGGAAUGGGCGGGAAAUCCGCAACGCUUUCCAAACCGCGGUCCAGCUUGCGCAGUGUAGCUUCUUCAUGGAAAGGACAAAAAUGAGGAUGCAUGGCAGAGCUAAAGCAAGAACACACCUCCAAGAGGUCUGCCAGAUGACUUCACGGUACAAAGAGUAUCGGUACAAGGUGCUCAAAAGCACAGAGCCAAGGCGCGCUGCGGAGGAGAAAGUGAGAAAUGACUUGAGGCCUCUCCCAAAGAAGUAG